UCUUCGUCAAUCUCCAUGUUGCAUUUACUGGUGGGAGGUCCAACCCUGUAAAUGGCAGAGAUGUGAGAGUAACUUUUGAAAAAAACUGCAGUUAGAGUAAUACGAUCUACCCAGUGACGCUGUUGAACGAGAGUGGUGUUUACAAACGUCGGCGUUUCGUUUGUAGUUCAGACUACUGAGCUGAAAGUCGCUGCUAUCCAUACAAGUGCAUGUUUCUCACCGAAGAGAGCAGCAUUGCGGAAAUAGAUUUUCUACGGCCAACAACAUUUCUCAACGCGGUGGAAUUGGAUGAUGAUGGAGAUUUCAGGCACCAGAUACCGUUCUGGUAUUUCACCACUAGUGGUGGUGGUACUGUCCCCAGACACAAAGGAGGAAACUGUUUCAUGGCUGCUGAGAAGAAUGAGAGAAAAACAGCAGGAUGGAGGUGCUGAGCUGCUUGUGAAUCAGCUGCGCUCUGAAGGUGUGGUUGAAGAGAAGGAAAACCCCAACAUUUUUCUUGUGACAGCCUCCUGGCAAAGAUUACUCUCUGGUGCUGAAGAUUUGGGUCUCUUCAAAGAGUUCAGCGAUGGAUCGAUGAGGAGUUUUACGUGCAUCAACAGCCACAACUUUAAAGAAUUUCACGGGGAUGGUGAUGGCUUCCUCAGUAUGGCGGAGUGCCAGUACAUUAUUAAACAUGAGUUGGAGACUUUACGAGCCAAGGAUGAGACUCAUGUUCCAGGAUACACACAAGCUAAGCUCUACCCAGGAAAAUCUAUCAUUCGUAGACUGCAAUCCAAAAGGAUACUGAUCCGUAUGUUUCCACUCCAUGACCAAGAGGAACUCAAGAGACUUUCUUUUAAGUGGUACAAAAAGGUCAGGACAUCCCUUCAGCCUCUUGAUGACAUCAGACACUACUUUGGGGAAGGUCUGGCUCUCUACUUUGGCUUCCUGGAGUACUUUACAAUGGCCCUUAUGCCUCUGGCACUUAUCGGACUGCUCUAUUGUCAAUUUGACUGGGAGACUUAUGACAAAUAUGUGUUCUUCGCUGCUUUCAAUCUGAUCUGGUGCACUGUUAUCCUUGAGUUAUGGAAGCGGUGCAGUGCUUCUCUAGCCUAUCACUGGGGCACACUGAGCAGAAAGAAAGUGUUUGAAGAACCACGGCCUGGUUUCCAUGGUAUUCUUGGAUUUAACCCGGUGACAGGACGAGAAGAGCCUCUGUACCCCAACACAAAGCGGCAGCUCCGUAUCUACCUUGUGUCCCUUCCCUUUGUCCUGCUCUGUCUCUACCUUUCUCUCUAUGUCAUGAUGAUUUAUUUUCAGAUGGAAGGAUGGGUUCUCAUGCUACAUGAUAGGGGGCCUACUUUUUGGACAAAUAUACUAUUGUUCAUUCCUGGUGUAAUCUAUGCUGUGGUUAUAGAAGCGUUGAAUGUCAUCUACAGAUAUGCUGCUGAGUUUCUCACAGAGUGGGAAAACCACAGGCGUGAAUCUUCUUAUCAGAAUCACUUGGUCCUCAAAGUAUUAGUUUUCAACUUCUUAAACUGCUUUGCAUCACUGUUUUACAUUGCCUUCAUUAUGCAAGACCUAGUGCUGCUAAGACAGAACCUGGCAACCUUGUUGAUUACCAGUCAAAUCAUAAAUCAGUUCAUGGAAGCGGUGCUGCCUUACUGGCUUCAAAGGCGAUGCAAUAAAAUGAUGAUGGAGCGCCCUUUAAGUGAGCAAGUGCGACUGGAAACUAACAUGAGCAAUUACCGGGGUACGUUUGAUGACUACCUGGAAUUGUUCCUUCUUUUUGGUUAUGUCAGUUUAUUUUCAUCUGUGUAUCCUCUGGCUGCAGUCUUUGUGGUUUUGAACAACAUCACAGAGAUUUACUCUGAUGCUUUCAAAAUGUGCAAUUUGUUUAAACGACCCUUUUCUGACCCAGCUGCAAACAUCGGCAUCUGGCAGCUUGCCUUUGAAGCCAUGAGUGUCAUUGCUAUUGUGACCAACUGUACACUUAUUGGCAUGUCUCCUCAAGUCAGAGCUUACUUCCCUGACUCCGAGAUGCAUCUCAUGCUGUGGACAGUGGCUGUUGAGCAUGGAUUGUUGGCCUUCAAGUUUUUCCUAGCCUUCAUGGUCCCAGAUGUUCCCAAACACAUCCAGAUCAAACUGGCUCGUCUGGAAUUUGAAUCAAUGGAGGCCCUCAAAAAGAAGAAAAUGUGUGCAGUUCCAAGGCUAAGAAGAGUUGCCCAUGAAGAAGAGUGAGGAAUCAAUGCCAAUUGAUGACCUCAACGGCAUUUACAUCUGGAAAAGUCUUCAGAUUAUUUAAAAUCUCUGAUAUCUCACUAUGCUGCUGUGUAGAAGAAAUUGCUGUCAUAAAGGCUUGAAAUCCAAAUAAUUUGAGGGGAAAAAACUUGGACAACACAAGUGAAUAUGUUCCACCAAAAACUCAAAACAAAUGUUUUUUUCAUCAGCUGAGCUUGAUUGAAAAAAUCUUAUAAUUCAUGAAAAUUAUGUGGUUAUAUUAAAUGCUUGAAGUAAAGGGGUUUUGAACUA